GCGGUGAUGAGGCCUCGGUUCAUCACUUGGAGGGGAGCAGAGGUUCCCUUCCUCCUCCUCCUCCUCCUCCUCCUCCUCCUCACACACACCGACUCCCCCCCGACCCCCUCCAUGCACCUCAGCUUUUCGGGGACAGAUCUGCCAACAGAGCGCAGGCGGUCACGGUCCACCUCACGGGAGAGGGAGAGGAGGCGAAGAGAGCGAUCCCGGUCCCGGGACAGGGACAGGAGGAGAAGCCGUUCUCGCUCCCCGCACAGGAGGCGGUCCAGGUCGCCAAGACGGCACCGAUCCAGCUCCUCCUCCCCCCCGCGACUGAAGGAAAGGCGGGAUGAAGAGAAGAAGGAGAUAAAGGACUCCAAAGGCAAAGAGCGUCAGAUCACGGAGGAAGAUUUGCAGGGCAAAACAGAAGAGGAAAUCGAGAUGAUGAAGAUGAUGGGCUUCGCCUCCUUUGACACGACAAAAGGAAAGAAGGUGGACGGCGCCGCAAACGCGUACGCCAUCAACGUGUCCCAGAAGAGGAAGUACAGGCAGUACAUGAACAGAAAAGGAGGAUUCAACAGACCCCUGGAUUUCAUCGCUUGACGCUGCCAGCGGCUCGGGGCCCGGAUUUCAGAGGAGUUUGGGUUAUUCCCAACAAAUCCCGCAGCCGGAGCGGGUACAAGUCACCGUUUCCUGGAGUCUUUGGUUUGUUUGUUGGGGUUUUUUUAUUUACAAUAUCCCUGGCAGUUCGUGUCUUGCCGGGAUUUCGUCGUGGUUCUCCUGUUGUUUUUUGAUGUCGCGCCGCGUUCCCCGUUUAAUAAACCCCCGUAUCUAUUUUUCCUUUUAUUUUUAGAAUUUGGGAAUAAAGCACAGGCUAGGGGGCUGCCGGAACCCCCCCGGUUGUUUACCCCGGCCGCUGUGCUUGCGCGGGGCGGGGACCUUAUUCCCCGAAACGCUCCCGUUCCCGCGUCGCAUAAAAAUGUAUAAAAUUUAUACAAAUAAAUCAAAUUAA